GAGAUUCCCUAACAACGACACGCGAGACAAGUUAUGUUUGGUCCAAUAUUCAGCAGGAAGAUGACCUUUUAACUUCAAAAAUUUAUCUAUUUCGUGUUGAAUUUUCCACAGCAUGCAGAGUACUCAUAAAUGAUAAGGAAUCUAUUGAUAUUUGAGCCUUGAAACGAAGGAGAGUGGACCUAAAAUUCCUGCAUUUUGGCGAAUGCGAACAAUGCCAAUAGCACAGGACCGUUUAGAACAACUUCAAGUUCUAAAGUUACUUCAGUCUGUCCGACUCGAGGAUGUGGACCAGAUUGAAAAACUAACAACUCACGGGGUUCCCUAUCUGAUCAACUACUCUGAACCUGAAAAUGGAGAGACAGGGCUUCACCUGGCAGCAUGUAAAAACAACGAGAAGAUGAUUUCAUUUCUUCUUAGUCUGGGUGCAAGCCCCAACAUGGUGGACUUAAAGGGACGUACUCCUGCCAUGAGGGCCGCAGAGUUUGGCCACACACAGGCCUUGACUCUCUUAACAGAGGCAGAUACAGAUUUGACAUUGAGGGAUAUUGAAGGUAAAGGAAUCUUGUUUUAUUGUAUCCAGCCAACCAAACGUCAUUUAGAGUGUCUCCAGAUUGCACUGAAACAUGGUGCAAGUGUUAAUUAUGUGAGUAAGGAUGGUCAACCUUUAUUGUAUGUGGCUGCAGAAGCUGGUCUGGACAACAUUGUGCAAGCACUUCUUGUUGCUGGGGCAGACCCAAAUGGAGCUCACACAAAUACUGGCCAGACAGCUCUACAUGCAGCAAGUACCACUGGAAGUGUGGCGUGUGUGAGAGAAAUAUUGGAGGCUGGAGCAGACUGUGAUGCUUUGGACAGUGAAAACAAUCACUCAGCACACAGGGCUGCCUUAAAUGGUCACUUUGAAGUCAUAAGAGUGCUGGCAGCUUAUGGUGCAGACUUGGGUAAAGUAGCAUCAGAUGGCAACACUCCCCUUCAUUAUGCAGCUCGACAAGGAUUUGGACCAAUAUGCAAGUUCUUGUCUCAAAGAGGUUGUCCAUCAAUGUUAAAGAACAAGGAAGGGAAGACACCAAGAUUGCUGGCAAAGGAUAAUGAGCACAAAGAUGCUUUGAAGGAAUGUCGUAAAGCUGAAAAACAGUCAGCAAAGCUGUCUAAGGGAGGAAGUAGAACUUCUGAACCAUAUGCCAUCAGACUUUAUGACUGGAUCCAAGAACACGAAGAAAAAGUCUUGAACAUUUGUUAUCAGUUUGAUCCAGAGGAAGAGGAUGGAAGUAGAAAAGGAAAAAUUACCAAGGAUAACUUUGUAAUGUGUCUGCAGACAAUAAAUUGCCCAGUAGAUGUAGAAGAUUUGAAUAAAUUAGCACAGAUGCAUGACCCAAACAAAGAAGAUGCUGUAGAUUAUCCACUGUUUAUCACUUGUAAAAAAUUUAUUAGUAAGCAAUUCAUGGUUGUCCUCGGAAAGAAAAAAAAGAAAAAAGGUGGAAAGAAAGGAAAGAAGAAGAAGGGAAAAACAAAAAUACCCAUCCCGAUUUGUACAGCACCUGAUGGCCCCCGGACAAAACAUGGUGGCCCACCCUCUGACUAUGUAGAGAGAUAUGUGCACUUCACAGACAACACAAGAUUUGAUCGGGAUAAUCCGCCAUCGCAUCCUAUUCAAGAUGAUUCUGCCUGGUACCUUAACUUCCCAGAUGUUACUUACAUAAACAUUAGCGAUGCUGCUAAAGUAGGAGACUUAGAGACAUUAAAAUCAGCUUUUGCCCGAGGAGUCUCAGUAGACCAACGCGACAAAUACUACAAGACUCCGCUGAUGGCAGCUUGUGCACAUGGAAACAUCGAAGUAGCGGCAUACUUAUUACAGAUUGGGGCAGACAUCAAUGCACGAGAUAAUUUCAAAUGGACUCCUUUGCACCAUGCCUGCCACUCAGGGCAAGUUGACCUGGUGCAGUUUCUGCUAGAAAACGGAGCAGAAAUGGACGCGCAGACCAUCAAUGGCGGGACACCUUUAAUGAGGGCUAUUGAGAGUUCCAGAGAGGCUGUCGUGGAACUGCUAAUUUCUAAAGGAGCAAAAGUUCAGCUGGAAAAUAAGAAGGGACAUACAGCGCUGGAUGUCGCCAAAGCUUACGCAGAUCCUCGUGUUGUAGCUAUAGUACAGAAAAGAUGGGACGAAAUUCCGCCACCUGUGGAUAAGAAGAAACGUGGAGGAAGCCCGCGCAAGAAAGGCGCCAAGUCAGCGGCCCCUUCAAAGACACACAUGCCCAGUGUGAAGAACACCCCGGACAAAAAACAAGAAGAGCCUCCAUCUACAGCACCAGCGAAUGGCGCCUCUUUAGUACGGAAAUCGUCAGUGUUGCGAGCAGCCUCAGCUCUAGGAAUCAUCAACGAGAAACCUCAGCCAAUCGUGUACACUCCUCGGAGAGCAUGGAUAACGCAGCCAACCACCGAUGAUCUUCUACGUGGAAGAGAAGUUCGUCGGAUGCGUUUUACCACAGAUGUCGACUUCGCAGAUUACAAGCCUGCAUUCCAGAAACACAUCACCUUGAAGGCCGAGGCAAUGGAGGCGGAAGAUGACUAAUAAACCCAUAUGAUUUUUCGCUCUUCUUUUAGGUCAGCUCGUUAGAAGAGCUUUGCUCGCAAGUUAUCAAACGUAAGGGCACUAAGAACCCUGUGGUUCUUAACCCUUGACAACACAGCGGUGAAACGUCUGCGUAUGUGCCAAAGUUGUGAUGACUAGGUGGCGUACUUUAAGGGCUGUCGGGACUAAGUUUUCCAGCACGAGUUACAAACAACCACUCAGGCCGGUAACUCACCGUGUUUUGGAAGCGUAUCACUUUUUUGGUAAAGCCCAAAACAGAAUCAGUGGUAAAUCAACAGGAUGGUUGUAAUUGAAUAAGCUUUGUGUUCGAAAAAUCUCGAAUUUUCCUUUUUUUCCUGCUUUUGUUUCCUUUGAUCCCUUCGCACAUGCCCUUUCCGCAUGCCUUAAGUUUGACCACUGUGUUCUCCUUGACGGUCAUCAAUAAAGAGUCUACGCGAGUUGUGGUGCUUGACCAACUGCCUGUACCACAAAAUUUCAAAAAUUAUA